UUUUAAUAACGUAUUAGUACAUGUUGAAAUUAAAAUAAACAAAUUUCAAUGCUUUAGUAGUAUUGAAUCUUUGUGCUGUAUUUUCUGUUGGCAAUUUGAUAUGCAGUUUUUAUAUGGUACACUUUGCCCACCCAGUUUUAUGUAGGCCCACCCACUUCAACAUUUCUGGCCUUGCCCCUGGUUUGAAGUGUGUGACGGGUCGGGUUUAACAAUCAGCAGCGACUGCGUGCUGUUAUACAUUUUUUGUAGACAACAAGGAGCUGCUUUCUGCCUCACUGUGCCGAUAUGUUUUUUUAAAGCGUGGAGUUUACCAAAUUCACAAAAUGUACAGAGGAUUGCUAUUUAUGAUUGUCAUAUGGAGUGUGACCGGGUUCAACAUUCAAGUAACUUCUGUGAAGCAUUUCAAAAAAGAUGAUCCACUCUUUGGUCAAACCAUUAUUGAAUCAACAGAUGGAGUUUUUGUUCCUUCCCCAAAAAAUGGAGCACUUUUCAGAUGCACCUUAAAGGAUGAAUGCGUUGAAGUAAAUUCUGAUGAUGAAAAACCUAAAGGCCUGAGACCGGUAGCAUCAGUAUCUAGCCUGACAUCAGAAGAGGAACAACAUGUUAUGAUGUGUAAAGUUCGCGUAAAAAAGUCAGUAACUGAGGAUUUGAACAGAGAUUGCAAACUGAUUAAACUCUCUGGAAGUGUCAUUGGAAAAACGAAUUCUGUUGCAUUAGUCAACAACAACAACAACAACAACAACAAUCAUUAUCAAGGUGCAAGGACUGGUCAAGAUCAACACAGGAUGAGAAGAGAUGCCCAGCCAGCCAGGGACACAAAAGAUAAGGAUUAUGAUGUGAAUGUGCCACUGCCAUCAAGAUCUGCACUUCUGUCUCCUGCUACAAACCAAAUGGAAAAUGAAGAACUCAACAGCAACAACAACAACAACAACAAUCAUUAUCGAUGUGGAAGGAUUGAUGAAGUUAAACGGAGGAUGAGAAGAGACGCCCAGCUGGAUAGUGACACAGAUGAAGAUGAGGAUGAUGAUGAUGCUGGGACAGAGAUUGCUUUUGUGCUGGAUGGCUCUGGUAGCAUUACAUGUGAUGACUUUCAGAGAGCCAAAGACUUCGUCUACAAUGUCAUGUUCAAUGUUUGGAACACAUGUUUUGAUUGUAACUUUGCAAUAGUGCAAUAUGGUAGUAUGAUCAGGACAGAGCUUUCACUACUAGACAAUGAAAAUGGGACCAAAACCUUGGAAAAGGUCAAAGAAAUACAGCAAAUUUACAAUCUCACAAAGACCGCCUCAGCCAUCCAUCAUGUGCUCACAGAUAUUUUCAUCCCUGAGAAUGGAUCAAAGAUUGACUCCAAAAAAAUUAUCAUUGUAUUAUCUGAUGGAGUAAUUUUGGGAGACGAUAUGAAUCUUACUGAUGUUUUGAACAUGCCACAAAUGAAAGAUACAUCUAGAGUUGGUGACGGCAUUCUGACAAAACCUAAAGCAAUACAGGAGAUGAUGGAGAUAGCAGACCGUGGCAAAUUUUUCAAUGUUUCCAAUUAUGCUGCAUUAGCUGACAUUCUGUCAUCACUGCAACAAAGUUUAAUUGGAAUUGAAGGCACUCAGCAAGGUGCAGGAUUUCAGUUCCAGCUUGCUGAAGCUGGAUUCAGCUCCCAUAUCAUGCAGGACAAUUCUUAUCUUUUUGGAGCAGUUGGAGCCUAUGACUGGAGUGGUGGAGUCUUUUUGCAAUCUGGUGACACUGUAAAAUUCUUGAAUGACUCUAAUAAUGGACCCAAAUUUUCCUAUUUAGGUUACAGUGUUACUUCUGCUAAAGUAAAACCCAGUAAAACACUCUACAUAUCUGGUGCACCACGGUAUAACUUGACUGGAGGGGUAUUUAUUUUUAACGGCUCUGAAAAGUAUGUGCUCCAGGGAGAUCAGGUUGGAUCUUACUUUGGAUCGGUUCUUUGUGCUCUGGACAUUGAUAAAGAUGAAUACACAGAUUAUCUGUUAGUUGGAGCACCACAUUUUCAUCUAAAUGGAGAAGAAGGCAAAGUGCUAAUGUACAAACUGAAUCAGGACAGGUUUGAGAGUGUGUCCAGGGAGCUGAAGGGUGAUGAAGGACAGACCUUCGCCAGGUUUGGUGCAGCCAUUGCCUCUAUAGGAGAUAUUGAUGGGAACAAGUUCAAUGAUGUAGCAGUUGGCGCUCCUCUAGAAACAGAUUCCUCUGGAAGCAUUUACAUUUACAAUGGAUUCCAACAUGGACUUACCUUUUCACAAAAAAUUUCACCCUCAGAUUUUGGAAUGAAACUUGUGCACUUCGGUCUGUCAGUAAGUGGUGCACCUGCUACGGCUUCAAAUAAGGCCUCCAUCGCUGUUGGAAGUCAAGGAGUAGUGUUUGUUUUUGAGACUAUCCCUGUUAUUGUUAUCAACCCAGAUAUAAACAUUACUCCAGAGGUCAUUCCUCUCAAUCAACAGAUGAUUAAAAUAUCCAGCAAGUUUGACAUAAUGUACUACACAUGCUUUAAAGUGAUUAAUGGAAAGCUUCAAAUUCAACUUCCUAUUAAGUACCAAAUUGCCUUGGAUUCUGGAGUAAACAAAAAGCGUCUCACUGUUGACGGCAGAGAUGUCUUAGAAAAAACUUUCACCUUGACACCAGAUGUAGAGUGUGCACCUGUUAUCAAACUAAAAUAUUUGGGCUGUUUUGAUUGUUUUUCACCUAUUAAAAUCAAGCUGAAUUUUUCAUUGGAUAUCCGCCCAAAUGAAGACCCUAUACGAAUCCUUGAUGCAUUUACUCCAACAGAGGUUGUAAAUGAGAUUUCCUUUGAAAAGGAUUGCAAGGUUACAGACUGUAAACCAAAUAUUACAUUAUCUGAUUCAAAAAUUAGUGAAACUUCCAUCAUAAUCGGAGAAACUCAAAGCUUGAGUAUCAAUUUCAGUCUUAUAAACACUGAAGACCCUUCCUAUAUGACCACCUUGACUUUGACCUUCCCCAGCAUACUGAGUCACAAGAAAAUAGAAGGUGCCACCUGUCCUGUGAAGAAUGACAAUCAGAUAGAGUGUAAUCUUCAACACCCUGUUUUCAAAAGAGGAGCACGGACCAACUUUUUCAUCUCAUGGCAUCUCAAUGACAUCAAAUCAGAUUUGAAGAAGUCUGAGAUUAUUGCUAAUCUAACCAGUCAGAAUCAUGGCUCUGAAAUUCUGGACUAUAAAAUAUACGCAUUUGCUGUGAAGUAUUCCCUACCAAUCCAGCUAACUGGCUCAGCCCAUCCAAGCAGACUUAGUAUUGAAGAGGGAGAAGAAGGAAAGACUCAGAAGAUGCAGUUUGUAUUUCAGUUUGCAGGUGAAAAUAAGUAUGGUGCUACAAUCAGUGUAGUUGUAACCAUAACAAAGGACACCUUCAAAACUGGUUUGAGCAUCAUUAGUGUCUCACCACACAAGGAGUGUGUUUUUUCAGAAAAUGCUAAAGCGGAGGGAUCCUAUGUCAUCAACUGUACUGUGACACAGCUGCAGAAAAUCAUCAUCGAUGCCAAUGUUUUGAUACAUGAUGAUCAGGAGAAAUCAAACAAGAUCACUGCCGUAGGAACAUACAGCUUUGAUGAGACCGUCUAUGCUGCGAAGGAUACUUCGAGGACCAUUCCAGUGGAGGUGAUAAUUACGAAGCUGCGUGUGACGACAUCUAAAGGUCCCAUCAUUGGAGGAUCCAUAGGCGGGUUUCUGCUCCUUUUCAUCAUCAUUAUCAUUCUCAUUAAGUGUGGCUUUUUCCGUCGCCGCCGUAAAGUGGACCAAGCACAGUCUCCAAACUCCACAGUCUCCACAGCCCAGGAGGGACAAUUUAUGUGACCCUGGACCACAAAAAAAGUCUUAAGUCGCUGGAGUAUAUUUUUCGCUAUAGCCAAAAAAACAUUGUAUGGGUCAAAAUUAUCAAUUUUUCUUUUAUGCCAAAAAUCAUUAGGAUAU